AUGCCUUCUCUUUCACCGCCAGAACCGCCAGCCGGCACAACCCCGUCACUACAGUGUAAGCUCGGCCGGAGGCAAAUGAUCAUCGAGGCCAUGGCCUCCAUUCGACAGCAGUUCCAACUACGCAACGCAACCGAGCAAAGCUUUUACCGCCCGCACAAGGUUUCAACGCCGCCUAGGGAGCCUUCUGCCCUCCAACGAGCCCAACUCCUCCAACCUGACCGGUUCGGAUCCGGCCCCUGGCCGGGCCUCACCCCUCGUUCCGGCGACUUGUACGAGUUUCAGCAGAGCAUGAGCAUGUCUGGCUUCAAUCUCCAGCUAGCCUGGUCUUCCCUGCCCGAAUACAGAAAGGAAGAGUUCCGCGCCCUGUCCGAGGCGCGCCCUCGGGUGGCCUGGGCCGAUUUCGACGCGGUUUUCGCCCAUAGAAUGUCCUCGCCUUCCGCCUCGCAGCCUAAUACAGAGGAGGGCGCUGCUGGGAGCAACAGGACCGGGAAGUUGGACCCCUCCUGA